AAAAAUUGUCACUAGAGUGGACCGAUCAUUUUGAUUGGAGCUUGGGAUCUUCCACUCUCGGCAGUCAUUACCAGCCUUGCUCCGGCCAAAAUUUCCAGGCUUUUAUCCCAAUGUCGACCGCUGAAUUCGCCGUCACUUUCAAGGAAGCCGGUCGAUCCGUCAUCGCCACCCGCCGUCCAUGGCGGGAAUUCCUCGACCCAUUGUCUCUCAGCCUUCCUUCUUCCCUCUCCGACGCGACCUCUCGGAUUUCUCAGAACUUGACCCGUUUCCUUUCCAAUUACUGUCUUGUCGUCUUGCUUCUCAUAUUUCUUGGCCUCAUCUACCAUCCCUUUUCCAUGAUUGUGUUCUUCCUUGUCUUUGUUGCCUGGUUCGUCCUUUACUUCUCCCGCGACGACCCAAUUAGGGUUUUUGGUUUUGAGUUGGGAGAUUUUGUUUUGGUCAUCAUUCUUGGGUUGGCUACCGGAUUGGCGCUGGCUUUGACAGGGGUUUUCGUGAAUGUGCUGAUUUCGCUUGCCAUUGGGGCCAUGGUGGUUUGUUUGCAUGCGGCUUUGAAGGGCACGGAGGAUGCUCUUGAGGAUUUGCAAGACCCUUUUGGGGAUACGCUGUUGGAGAGCCCGAGAGGUGAUUACAGCGGCAUCUGAUUGAAUAUAACACAAUGAAUUGCAGAAAGUAUUCAUUUCCAUUAUGCUCUGAAUUUUGCUCAUUAUUGUUCCUUUUACUUUUAGCUUGUGUUUCUGAGUUUGAUCUGUUGAUUACUGGGAUGUUGUCGUUGUUGUAUGUUUUCCUUUGAAUUUGCAUAAACUAAAUUAAUCACUGAAUUUGAUUCUUGUUGAAUAUAUCAUUCUUUGAGUAUCAUUAUAGGAUGACAACUUUAUGGACCAUUAGAUAGAGCCUUCACAAAAUUCUCUUGGCUUAGCUGCCCACAGAUAUCUGUAUUCGUUCUGUGGCUGUUUGUUGCCACAGUUCUACGAUGUUGUGCAGAUGCGUCACUGGCUGACCGACCCUUUGAGGUAUACUGCCAUGUCUGUAGUUCGUAAUUUAGUAGAAAUAUGCAAGAAAAGGGCAGGUAGGAUGUUAGGAAUCAAAGACCUCCUUGGUAUGAUAUUGUCUAUUUUGAGUAUAAGCUCUCAUGACUUUGCUUUGGGGUUCCCCAAAAUGC